CUGGGAAUUCCCAUUCCAGACCCCAGUCAUAUCAAACUGAAAGUGAUCGGAGACAGCUCAGGGAGACUGGGAAGAUGUUUCUACGGAGGUUUGCAAGGCCGUCGUCAUUGAUGAUGAUGGCUAAGGUGAAGGAAACAACAGGUAUUGUCGGUCUCGAGGUGGUUCCGAACGCCAGGGAGGUACUAAUUGGUCUUUACGAUAAAACCCUAAAGGAGAUCCAGCGUGUACCUGAAGACGAGGGUUACCGUAAAGCUGUCGAGAGUUUCACGCGCCACCGUCUCAAGGUCUGUCAAGAGGAAGAUGAUUGGGAAACCAUCGAGAAACGACUUGGUUGCGGUCAAGUUGAAGAACUCAUUGAAGAGGCUCAGGAUGAACUCAAACUCAUCGACAAAAUGAUCGAGUGGGAUCCAUGGGGUGUCGAGGACGACUAUGAAUGUGAAGUAAUCGAAAACGACGCCCCAGUUCCAAAGCAUGUGCCACUACACCGGCCUGGUCCUCUUCCCGAGGAGUUCUAUAAGACGCUGGAGGCUGCCAUGACUGGAACACCGAAGGCCACUGCUAAGAAAGAUGAAUCGACAAUCCCCUCAAGUUAAAAAUGAGCUUGUGUUAUGCCGUUAAGUUUGCAAAGAGUUCUUGUUUGUUAUAUUAAAAGAAUUAACGGUUGCCGUUAACACUUGAUUUAUAAGAGUCAAAUAAGCUUUAACUUUUUAUGUGAAAUUUAUUUGAUUUGGUUUUAGAAUAAUAAAACUUUCAGGUGGGUUUAAAUG